CAGAUAAAGUCCACAACCGCCCCCCGCUCUUUUCCCAGCCAUGCGAACAGCGGGAUGAAGCUGGAAGCUGUGGUCGAGCAGCUGCAGAAGCAGCAGCAGAAGCAGCAGCCGCCUCUGCAGAUGGAUUCCAGGGAGAGACAGCAGAGGCAGAUGAGAGAAGCCCAGCUGCUCUACACACAGCAGCUGGCUGUGCAGCAGGCUGUCCUAGCAGCCACAUCUGGCAGGGCUUCGGGCGGCUCCGCCGUCGCUCCCUUGGCCAGAGGCCCGCCUGCACCCGGAGCCACGCGAGCUUUUGAUCAGAGCAGCAUGAAUUCGGAGCCAGAAGAGGAAGAGGAGGAUGAAGAGGAGGAGGAAGAAGAAGAGGAGGAGGAGGAGGAGGAGGAAGAAGGGGGGUUGGAAGGUGGUGAUCUGGAGGAUGGAGCCAAUGUGACUGGGAAAGAAACCUGCUCCACACUGAAAUAUUUCCACGCUCCCAAAGUCGCCCAUCACAACCAAAGAGUGGCCUCUACCUCAAAUCCUCUCCCGCCUUUGGGGCACCAGCGGGGACAGCAGGGCAAAGAAGAGCAGGGUAAAGACACUACUAAGCAACCGUAUUCCGGUUCCCCGUCCGGACGCCAGAGCUGGCGGUUGGAUGAGCAGCUCAAACAGAAUGGCAACGUGACCUGGAGCGAUGAAGGUGAUGGAUGCCGAGGAAGAGAAAUUUCACGAGACUUUGCCAAGCUCUAUGAACUGGAUAGUGAUCCUGAACGGAAAGAGUUCCUGGAUGACCUCUUCAUCUUCAUGCAGAAGAGGGGAACUCCCAUCAAUCGGAUCCCCAUCAUGGCAAAGCAGAUCCUGGAUCUUUACAUGCUCUACAAGCUGGUGACUGAGAAAGGAGGGCUGGUGGAAAUCAUCAACAAGAAGAUCUGGCGAGAGAUCACCAAAGGCCUUAACCUGCCCACCUCCAUCACCAGUGCUGCGUUCACGCUCCGAACUCAGUACAUGAAGUACUUGUACGCCUACGAAUGCGAGAAGAAAUCCCUCAGUUCUCCUGCUGAGCUUCAGGCUGCAAUCGACGGCAACAGGCGGGAGGGCAGGAGGCCCAGCUACAGCUCCUCUCUGUUCAGCUACUCGCCCACCACCACGGGACCUCCUUCUCUCCUCUCUCCCCCAAAGAUCCGCUUCCCCAUCAUCGGCGUGGCGCCAGGCAGCGGGACCAGCAAUCCUCGGGUGUCUCCAGCAGGAGCUGUCAGAAAAGGUGACGGUGUGCCCUUGACCAUGUCUAUGCCAAACCGUAUCGCCGUGCCAGUGACCUUGGCUAGCCAGCAGGCAUCCGUGGCAGCAAGAACGGCCACGCUGGAGCAGCUGAGGGAGAGGCUGGAAUCGGGAGAGCCCCCAGAGAAGAAGGUCUCGCGGAUGACGGAGGAGGAGCAGCGGCUUGUCCAGCAGGCUCUGCAGCGUAACCUCUUCAGCAUGGCACGGCAGCUCCCCAUGAAGAUCAAAAUCAAUGGCAAGGAAGACAAACCAGAGGCGGCGGCGGCAGCGCUGAAUUUGUCCCCCAGCGGCAUUGGGAGUAUUAACAUGUCGGUGGAGAUUAACGGCACAAUUUACACUGGAGUGCUGUUUGCCCAGAAGCCGGUCGUCCACCUCAUUGCAGGCUCCAGCGCCCAGAGCUCCUGCAGCAGCAGCAGCAGCUCCCACUGCUCUCCCAGCCCUACCUCAUCCCGGGGAACCCCCAGUGCAGAGCCCUCCACCAGCUGGUCUCUCUGAUGGACGGCCCAGCCCCUGCUGUCUCUCCCACUUGGCCUCCAGCAGCUCUUCCUCUCUGCUCUCAGCAGGGAGCGAGCUGGGAAGGAAUCGCACAGAUUACCUCAUCUCAAGGAACCUGCUUUUGUGGUUGGCCAACGGCAAGAUGAUGAUGCUGAAACCUU